AUCGCAAUCAACUCUUUUCGUCGCACUCCUUUUUAUGUGCAAUUACAUCAAGUGAGUAACAAUGAAUAUCGUUGCGAUCCAUUUUUUGUUGAUGAAGAGUUUUGUUGAUUUAAUCACAGCAGAACAAUCCCAGCCACGAUUAUACUCCAAAGGAAAAUACGCUACUUUCAAGAUUGUAUCAAAAUAUGGCAACUCAUUGGCAUCAAGGGAUAUUGCAUCAAAUCAUACUGUGCAUUCUAAGAUGGAGUGUUCUUGGAAAUGCCUGGAAGAGAAAAUGUGCCUUGGUUUCAACUACAGAUCUAAAUCCACAAAUGACGCAGUGAAUUGUCAAAUUAGCAACAGAACUAAAAGCAGGGAUACGUCUCAGAAUGGAGACUGGUGGUUUUAUCAAGAUUUGGAAACCUUGGUAAAAAGUUCAAACGAUAAAUCGCCUCUAUCUCAAGUUCAAUGCACAGAUCCUGAACCAUUGGGAAUGCAAAGUGGUAAAAUCCCGGAUUCAGCAAUUACAGCAUCAUCUUCUUAUAAUGAAAAUUACAAACCUUACUAUGGAAGAUUAAAAAGGCCAGGUCCUUCCUGUUCGUGGGCACCAACUACAGGCGGAAGAGUUGGCUCGUGGUUUCAAGUUGAUCUCGGCAAAAUGACAACCGUUACUGGAUUAGCUACCCAGGGGCAGUCAUGUGGCUACAGCGAAUGGGCGACCACUUACUCAGUAUCGUACAGCACUAAUGGUAAUAAAUGGACCUUAUAUGAAGAGUCGGGAGUACCAAAGAUUUUUCAGGGAAACAAAGAUAAACAUUCAAUUGUUAACAACACAUUUAAAAUAGAUAUCAGAUCUCGAUUUAUUCGUGUGUUGCCAAAGUCUUGGAGCAAAUAUCCUGCAACCAGGCUCGAAUUGUACGGUUGUUAUAUCUAACUAUUUAAAGCUUAUUAUUGUUGUGUGUUUCUCCCAAUAUUCUAUUUCCGCUUUAUUGGAUUUAUGACGACACGAAUGUAAUGCAUGAAGAAACUUCUCGCUUGAUAAAAAUCAAUGUCGCUUAUUGUGAUUAUUGUGAUUCUUCAACAUCUGUAACA